AUGGACAGGCUCCUCUGCCUUCCCCCUCCUCCUCCUCCCCUCCUCGUCCCCUCCCCUCCACGUCUCACUUGUCCUCCCUCUCCUCCUCCCCCUCCUCCCCUCCCUCCUCCUCCCCUCCCUCCUCCUCCCCUCCCUCCUCCUCCCCUCCCUCCUCCUCCCCUCCCUCCUCCUCCCCUCCUCUCCCCUCCUCCUCCCCUCCCGUCCACGUCUCAAUUACCUCCCUCUCCUCCUCCCCCUCCUCCCCUCCCUCCUCCUCCCCUCCCUCCUCCCCUCCCUCCUCCCCUCCCUCCUCCCCUCCCUCCUCCUCCUCCUCCCCUCCCUCCUCCUCCUCCCCUCCCUCCUCCUCCCCUCCCUCCUCCUCCUCCCCUCCCCUCCUCCUCCCCUCCCCCUCCUCCCCUCCUCCUCCCCCUCCCCUCCUCCUCCUCUUCCUCCCCUCCCCGUCUCACUUGUCCUCCCUCUCCUCCUCCCUGUCCUCUUCUCCCUCCUCCUCCCCUCCCCUCCUCCCCUCCUCCUCCCCCUCCCCCUCCUCCUCCUCCUCUUCCUCCCCUCCCCAUCUCACUUCCUCCCUCUCCUCCUCCCUGUCCUCCCCUCCCUCCUCCUCCCCUCCCUCCUCCUCCCCUCCCUCCUCCUCCCCUCCCUCCUCCUCCCCUCCCUCCUCCUCCCCUCCCUCCUCCUCCCCUCCCUCCUCCUCCCCUCCCUCCUCCUCCCCUCCCUCCUCCUCCCCUCCCUCCUCCUCCCCUCCCUCCUCCUCCCCUCCCUCCUCCUCCCCUCCCUCCUCCUCCCCUCCCUCCUCCUCCCCUCCCUCCUCCUCCCCUCCCUCCUCCUCCCCUCCCUCCUCCUCCCCUCCCUCCUCCUCCCCUCCCUCCUCCUCCCCUCCCUCCUCCUCCCCUCCCUCCUCCUCCCCUCCCUCCUCCUCCUCCUCCUCCCUCUCCUCCUCCCCCUCCUCUUCUCCUUCCUCCUCCCCUCCCUCCUCCUCCUCCCCUCCCUCCUCCUCCUCCCCUCCCUCCUCCUCCUCCCCUCCUCCUCCCCUCCCCUCCACGUCUCACUUGUCCUCCCUCUCCUCCUCCCUCCCCCUCCCCCUCCCCUCCCCCUCCUCCUCCCCUCCCCUCCUCCUCCCCUCCCCCUCCUCCUCCCCUCCCCCUCCUCCUCCCCUCCCCCUCCUCCCCUCCUCCUCCCCCUCCGCCCCCUCCUCCUCCUCCUCCCUCCUCCCCUCCCCCUUCUCCCCCUCCUCCCGUGGGCUCUUCAGAGCCGAAAGGAGGUGGUCUGCAGGGGGAACGGCCGCCCUCUCGCCAGUGGUCCACACAGGUGGACCCUGAGUGUCCAAGCUCCCCCCUGCCUGAUGCAGACAGGUGUGUGCACCUGGAGGAGGUCAGCACAUCUGGCGCCUUUACAGUGACAUCCUGA